GUUCCUGCAGCCGACCAGCAUGAACCGACGAAGGACAGUGGGCAUCAUCCUGCUCGUGAGCAUUGGGGCAUGUGCGGGCCAAAGGCUAGCCGGCACAGCUCUGAAUGCAUGCGCCUCUACAGGAGAUUGCCUUCCUUGCGCCAAAUCUGAAAUGAGCGAAGCGUUUUGCAAAGCGAGCGGGCAGAAGCAGGAGCUCCUGUGCCUAGUAAACGGAGUGAACACUACGACCUUCAAGUCAUGCACUCUUGUGUCCACCACGUACCAGGGAUUCCACAACGUCGUGAUGUUUGAGGUACUGAUGUUGCUUGUGCUACUCCUGGCAUUUCAAGCACUGCGAAAAGAAAAGAUGAAGCACGUGAGCUCUUUUGACAUUCGAAAAGAUCCCAAGCAACCGAGCCAGCCAUUUCAAAUUUGAUCCUCCCCACUUUGUUAAGUUAUCCAGUUGGUUUAUUAACACUGCGAGACGCAGCCACUGGUAGAGUCGUUGGUGCGAUGCAUCCUUUUGCAUGAUGCUGAUGUCGAAGGCAAUGGGCAAAGUAGAUGCAAUCUACUUUGAAAUCUCUAUAGCGUUAUACGAAAUGCAAUUCCAUAGACGCUGUUUAGACCUUGGCAUGAAGUAAUAGCAUACGCAUUCAGUGGAAACGCACAUUAUCCUGGUGGUCGUCAUGAGCGUGAGCACGGUCAACAUGCCAA